AUGGAAGACCUCUUUCCUUGGCGUUGCAUACAUUGUCAACGCAUCAACAAGAAAGUGGCCGAAAAGUGCGCGUUGUGCCAGGCACACUGGACCACCGGUGUCCGUCACAGCACGGCGCCCAGAACACAUCAGGCGACGGCAUACAGAGAUGCAUGGCCGCCACAAGAACGUCAAUAUGCUUGGGAGAAAUGGGAAGACUGGGACAAUUGGCAGGACCAUACCAGUCGAUCACAGAGCCGCUCCAAGAGCCCACGGGUUCCCCAAAGAUCGCAGAGUCCAAGGAGCCGCAAAGGCAAAGGCAAAGGUGCUGGGAAGAACAAGGCCAAGCACAAGGAUGCAGCCCCGUCGGUGAUGGGUGCAGAAGCACCGCACAAUGCGAAUUACAGCAGCUCGCCAUUUGCACCCCUUGCGGCAACAUUGCCUCCGUGGCCUUCUCUGGAUGGGGAGUGCGUUGCAGCACUUCGAGUGGCUUAUCCAGAAGUCAAUGCAGCUCCUCAAGAGACCCAGGAGCUCAUCGAGAAAAUGGACAAAGACAUCGAGCGCCUAGAGAAGGAGAACAGCAAGUUUGUGACCAAAAACUUACAUGCUGCUACCAAGACGCUGGGCAAGGCACAGAAAACGUUGACAGAAGCUCUGGAAUCAAAAAAGGUUCACCGCACAAGAUGGAUCAAGCAUAUCACAGAGGCGUUUACCACAUGGCAGACACAGUUGCAGGAAUAUCAAAAGCAACAAGAGACGUUCCAGAUUGCCGCCACCAAAGCAAGGGCGGACAUCGAAGCUGCCAGAAAGGAGAUCCAGGCGCUUUCAGUCAAGGCUUCCCAAGCCACAUUGGCGGCUAUGCCGCCGCUCACGGCGCUGUCAGCGGAGCAGGACGAGGGGACUACAGAUGCCGACACCGAAGAGGAAAAGCUGCAGGGGCAGCUUCAGUUGGUGUUGCAAAACUGUGCCGCAGUCCUGAAUGCGGAGACUCCGCACCAGAUCAACGACGACGGCGAAGACCUGACCAUGGAAGACGAGGAGCGAGAAAAGAAACGCCCUCGAUCAAUGCAGCCCUUCGGCGGUGCACAGCUAGUGCAGAGCCAUAGCUUGCAUGACGCCGAUCAGACAGCUGGGCUGGCUGAUGCCUACGUUUCGCAGCCAACGAAUCGUGCAGCAUGCCCUUACCAGCUGAGCAAUUUUGACUCUCAACAAUUUUUGCAUUGGCACCAUUCGAUUCAGACUGAGUACAAUUACCUGAACCCUUUUGAUGCAGUCAUGUCAGCUUGGAAGCUAGGUUGGAGUGUGUUUUGUGAUGCCUUUGAAGGGUCCAUCAUGCCCAUUCAACCUCCAACUGCGGGAGCUGUACAUGAUAAGAAAGGACGACCAGACCAUGCAUUUGCUGUUCUUGAGGAUUCUUCCCCCUUGCGCAGUUGCAUUCGAAAGAGCAGAGACACCUCAGCUGUCCACCCCAAAAAAGUUCAAUUUCAUGAUCGGACAUCUAUUCAUAUUGGAUUAGAAGAUGAGCUUAGUAUGCAAUGCACUGACAUGAACACCUUUGAAUUAGCUACUUGGUCCGAAAAACCAUGGGUCAAAAAGCCUUCGAAGGGUUGUCCUGCCGGUGAUAUUGCUCGACCUGAGCGCAAUCGAUCACAGCAAAGUAAACGACCUAGGAUCAGUGAAGUGCGAUUGACUGAUGAACAUGCCAAUGUUCCAAGACGAAUUGCGGCUGCAAGCACAGCCCCACCUGAUGCCCCGCUAAAUCAGCUUCACCUUCCACCACCACCUGCGUUUGUGACUGAUAUUUUUGGGCUGCCGGGCUUUUUAGCUUUGCCGCAUGACUUCUUGAUGGAAAACACUUUCUUGAUUCGAACAUGGUAUGUGCAUCAUUACCAUUUUCCACGUUGGGCAGUACCACGUUUUGUAGAACUGGACCACAGAUGGGUUUUAUGGCAACAGGAAAUCGCCAGAUCAUGGCGAGACAUGAUCCAACCCAACGAGGAUGUGCAGUUCUUCACAGUGCUACCGGACCCAGACCGCAGCUUUCUGCAAAGACAAGCGGUAGCAGAUGUGCUGGUUGUGCAAGGGACGGAUGCAGAGCGUUAUGCCGGCUUGCUCACAGUUCAUCAUCAAACCGCACAGGGAUCCUUGCGUCCUUUCGCAGUUGCUAUUUCCUUGCCAGAUGAAGUGAGUGGUUUAGGGGACGAUGAUCACGACUUUGAUGAUGAAGCUGAGCGCCUCACUGACACAUCACUGCCUGAAUCAACCACCCAGUUCGAGCAAUGGCAAGGAGUUCAAGUGUAUCGACUUGGACGCCCGGUGGUCCACUGUUUCAUCCGCUGGGGAACGUACAAUGCCAUUCUGCAUGAAAUCGUGAGAUUCCUAGGAGGCAUGCUGCCUUGCGACAUGUUGCAGUCUCGCUUGGAAGGCAAGUUUCAGUUACAGCAGUUUUACGUAAGGUCAGUCUCCAAGAUCUCUGUGCCAUCCAACGCUGUCGAGUUGGUGAAGAUUUGGGUUUCCCCAUCAUUAGGCCGGCCUCUGAUUUGCCAUGCCGCCUACGACUUCCCAGACAUGAUGGCCAAGAGGCUCAUGGAACUUGAACAACUCACCAUUCACAGAAGAUGCAGGCUCUUUCAAGACAGACAAUUGCUGGAUGAGGAAGUUGCUGUUGCCAUUGUACCAGGAAGUAGUCUUAGCAUUCGGAUUGAAGCACCACAUGAACCUGCACAGACUCAUGACCCCAUUGAUUUGUUGCAUUUUGAGGAUUUGUCGCUCAUGCAAGCGGCACCAGGAAUUGCGGCACACGUCAUCAUUGUCCAGGCCCCCAAUGAAGCCUGGUCGACGACGCUUGUUUCCACAAUUGACCUGAAUCUUGGAUAUCAACCUGUUCGUAGAGCCGUCACCACGCCUGACUGCACUACAUUCGAGCAUGUUGUGAGAGCGGUAGGCUAUGAAGACACCUGUUUGCCAUCACAUGGUAGGCCACCCUGCGCACUCUGGUAUGAUCUCCAACGGAUACGCAUUGGCCAUCCUUUUUUGAGUUGGACUGGCUUUAGUUUUGUCCUUGUGAUCGAUGAUAUGGCCCAGAGGGCUCACCGGCAAGAUGCUGAAGCGAAUGAUGCUGACAUGACAUUUCUUCUGCAACGGCCACCCUCAAAUGCCCUCAAGCAUGAUGAGCCAGUGCACCAGCCGGCUUGUUUGCAAAUCGGUUUUGAGGAAGCUAGCCGGGCUCUUGAUAAGCUUGAUUCGCAUUUCACGCUGCCAGUUUUUGAUUUGGAGGUCUGUUUGCAAGACCAUGCACAUUGGCUCCCGCAAUGCCUGCCCUGGAUCAGAGCUGAUUGGUAUGCAUGUGACCAUCCGAUCGAUCAUGUUUCUGUUUACUAUGAUGGCUCCUACUUGAAACAGGAAGGGACUGCAGGGGCGGCAGCUGCGGCAUUUGUUUUGCAAGGUGACCGCUGGCUCUUUGCUGGAGCUGUUUCUGCACAUCUACCGACCCCGGAGUUUGGUUCCUACACAGCUGAAGUUCGGGCCGCGUUGCUGGCCACUAAGCAAGCAUAUGAUCUGGUGAAAAUUGCAGCAGAAGUGUUUGGGUGUCAGCCAAGUGUCACAUUUUUCUUCGAUGCACUUUCAGUGGGCAAACAAGCAGAAGGGCUUUGGCAAGCAAAGAAGGACAAGGUUUCAUGUCAUGCAGUACGCAGCCUUUUGCGCAUCAUGCAAACCCGGUGGCAAAUUUGUUGCAACCAUGUCUUUGUCCCGGGUCAUAGUGGUGACCCAGGCAACGAGCUUGUUGAUACGAUUGCCCAGUGUGCAGCCCAUGGAUUUUCCUUGCAGGAUUGGAGCACCAUUUUCUGCAUGUUGACCAACUGGCACUUUGUCCAAGCUCUGUCAUGGGGCUGGGUCUUCCAGCAUCCGUCCUUUGACAAAUAUUGGUCUGAUAGUACAUUACAUCUGCCUGCAAAACAUCAGACCACACCUGAACCGCAUACAGUGGGUUCAACUGCCUCCUACGGAAGUAGUCAAACUGUGGACACUGUGACAAUUAAGCUUAAUUUGCUUACCUGCAAUGUGUUGACGCUGACGCAAGGAUCUAGCAAGGCCAAUGAAGACUAUCCAAAUUCUUUGGGGCCUGCCAGAUUGCAGACAAUCACCAAACAAUUUCUGCAAGCCAAUAUCUCCAUCUUUGCCUUGCAAGAGACGCGACUUAGGUUGCUCCUGGUAGACGCAAAUUGCAGAUUUGGAGAUUGCCCAAACCAACACAUCGGUACAUGGUGUCACCCCAAUGGCGACUGGACCAGAAAUGACGUCAUUGGAGUUGAUAUGGCAUGGCCGUUGUUGACCUGUCGGUCUUGGACUGAUACGCACAUUGAUGUCUCGCUUCAGAAGGAUGACCAUCGACCGGCUUGUGUCUCCAUCAUGUGGCAUUCCGAGAGUGUCCAAACACGAUCACGAAAAGGUAUGCCCAAGUGUCCUCCGAAGUUUUGUGCUGAGGCGCUCGCAGCCCUGAAGACCCAACAAGCUUCUCAUGAUUGGUUUGAUACAGAUGUGCACACGCACUUCCAUGCCUUACAACAUGAGCUUGCAGCCUGCACCAGGCGAGAGAACAAUUGCUUGCAGAAGCACCCGCGCAAAACCACCAUGUCAGCAGAUACCUGGGCCUUGGUCUGCACCAAACGCAAAUGGAGAAAAAAAUUGGCAGAUUGCCAAACACUGCAGAAACGCACCUACCUGCAAGCCAUCAUUACCUCUUGGAAGUAUGUGUGCCUUCAUGGGGGUGACGAUGCCUGCCAACAAAAUGCGGCUGCGGAGUUUGAUGACAUUCUGACACAGCUUGACGUUGACGUUGCCACAGCAUUGCACCAAUUCCGUAGCUAUGGAGCCCAGGUCACUAAAGCGCUGCGACAUGAUGAUGCCAGAUUUUUUGAUUCCCUGGCACAAGAAAGCUCUCAUUGGCUUGGACCGCAACAUGCCCGAGAACUGUGGCGGACCUUGCGGCGUAGCAUCCCAAAGUUCCGACAGCGUCGAACCGGCUAUGAUCCCCUCAAGAUUGAUGCCUUGGAUGACCAGUGGCUGCCCCAUUUCUGUCAGCUUGAAACAGGGAAAGGAGGACAGCUAGCGGUGAUACACAAGAAAGGUAGUCCCUUUGAUGCGCAAAACUACCGAGGCAUCAUGCUGCUCCCAACGUUCACCAAAAGAGUACAUGCACUGUUGCGCACGCAGAUCAUGGCCCUGCUCCACCGCCAACGCCCACCAGGGCAGCUUGGAGGCUUUGCUCACCAGCAAGUGAUGUAUGGUUCUCAGUCCUUGCAGGUCUUUGGGCGCAUCAUGGAUGGGCAAAACCUCACAUCAGGCAUUCUUUUUCUGGAUCUGACCACUGCCUUCCAUAGGCUUGUACGAGAGUGGACCUCGGGUAUUAAUGUGGAUACUGAUUUGGAAGAAGUUUUAGCUGCAAUGGAGGAUGAAGGGUUGCCGAUCGCUGACAUGUGCGAACGGUUGCACUUACCCUGUUUGCUGGAGAGAUUGGGGGCACCUGCAUUUCUCAUACAGCUGAUUAAAGAUGUCCACACAAACACAUGGAUGGCUGUUGGAGCAGCGCAGACCAUGGCCACGACCAAGCGUGGCACACGACCCGGCAGCCCGCUAGCUGAUUGUAUUUUCCAUGUCCUCAUGUCAGACAUUUUGCAUCACCUGCAGACCUGGAUUGAUUCUCAGGAAGCGUUCAAGGACAUCCUUCAGGAACUGGACAUUCCAGGUAGUUUUGUCGCAUGGGCCGAUGAUUUAGCAAUCCCUUGGGCAACACGAACUGCCGAUGAGAUGCCUGACGCCCUCAGGGCUAUUUUAAGCUUUGUUGUGCAACUCUUCCACCGAUAUGGGUUCUUACUCAAUAUGGACAAAGGGAAGACUAGCGCUGUUGUAUCAUUCAGAGGGGCAGGUGCGCCGCUGCUCCGUCAGCACUUUCAACUUGGUGCCAAGCCAGGUGAUUCAAUCAUGAUUGGUGACCAGACGUACUUUUUGCACUAUGUACCGUCAUACAAGCAUUUAGGUACGAUUUUUGCGGCCAAUCAUCGUAUGGAUUUGGAAAUUCGCAGCAGGGUCGGACAAGCGCAGGCGGCAUUCAAUCUGCUCUCCAAACCUAUCCUGACCAACCGCCAUCUGCCUGAGCGUACCAGGCUGCAGCUCUUCAGAUCCUUGGUGGAGAGCAAAUUACUGUUUGGUCUAGGUGCUUGGAUCACGCCAACCCACCGGCAAAUGGGCAAGCUCAAGGCAGUUUUGCUGCGUAUGCUGCAAAAAGUGCUACGCCUUACCCAAGAGGCCAUCAUCUCCACUACGUCUGCGGAGGUUUUCCGGCGUGCCCAACAAGCCGACCCAAGAGUGCGCCUGGCUACAGAUCGAUUGCUCUACGCUCAGAGGCUUUGGGAGCACGGCCCAGCGGAUCUGCAACAUCUGCUCCAUAGGGAGCAGGCGCUCUGUCCGACAUCCUGGAUGGCUGGCCUCCUUGCUGACUUGGAGUGGAUGCGCAAGUUGGAACCAGAGGCCAUGACACCUGUUGAUCCUGACGAUUUGACUGCUCUCUUCGAUUAUUGGCAAAGUGGCACACCGGAGUGGCAGAAACGUCAAGAGCAGAUGAUGCAACAGAUGCAUAAGUUCCAUGGGCAGAUUGUGAAAACGUUGCACACCUGUGCAACAUUCCGAGACCUCCCAUCAGACCAAAAUGCUGAAGACGAAGGCCACAAGUGCUUUUGUGGCCGUUGUUUUACAACUCCUCAAGGCCUGGCCACGCACAAACGCAAGGCCCAUCAGAUUGGAUCGCUGGAAAGACACCUUAUUGACGGGCCCACUUGCCCAUCCUGCCUCAAGUUCUUUUGGAGCCGACAGAGGUUGUAUCAGCAUUUGUCGUAUAUCCCGAGGCAGACGAAAGUCAAUAAAUGUUUCCAGGAUUUGCAAAAGCGAGGCUUCCAAGUCCUCGAGGAGUUGACACCUGUAUCUGCAACACAGCCCAAGGGCCUACAUCGGACGGAGGCUUUGCAAGCCCUCGGGCCACACAUGCAGCCCAAGGACAGCCGCAGCAAUGAAUUGCUCCUUGCCAAGCAGAAGCUCACACAGGUUGAAGCAACCAUUUUCCAUAUGCGAACCCCAGAUGAUGCUGAAGAACAGAAGACAGCCUUUUGGCAACGCCUUGAUGCAGUGACCGUAGGCUGGUUUCAACGUUUUCGUGAUGCAGGGUUUGAUUCUUCCAUCAUUUCCCAAUUGCCAGAUGCUUGGCUAGAUGUGGCAGCGACAGCUGACCCUGCCUACCCUGAGUGGCGAGAGAGCGUCUACAUUGGGUGGGGCGAGCGAUGUUUGGAAGAUGUCAUUGCGCAAUUUGAGGAUGGUGAAGCAGAAUCACUAGUUGACAAUGCUUUUGCUGAUUUCAUUUUUGAUUUUCCAAGGAUGCAAGCGCUUUCUGAAGCAGCCUUUUUGAGACAAAAGAUUGGACGCCUGGAUGCUGAGCAGGGUUCCCUUUUUCCCCAUCGGCUGCCCAAAUUUGGCACAGCCAACGCCAAAGAGAGAGCACAGACUGCAUUGCGCAUCCCAUCCCUUUUUGAACAACAGGACGCCUGGUUGGAAAAGGAGCCGGAAACCGAAGCUUGGUUAAAGGCAGCAGUACAGGCCUGUGCCGUGAUCCGCACAGAGGCACCCUGGCUUCCGGAUUUCCAAGGCUGA